UCAGAGAUUGCCAAAGUCAAUUGGUUUGUUGCAUCAGCCCCUAACUGUAGCGGAGCAAGUGAAUGAGUGUUGUGAAAUUGUUCAUGCAAGAGGUUACAUGAGAUAUGACCUGGAGGGGGAAGCUUAUCAGUCUAAAAUGGAAACAUGCUGUUUUGAUGUAAACUCUUAAAGGGUGGUAAUUCGCUGCUUGAAUUGAGGAAGUUGUGACACACUGUCAGUUUCCUCUGAGACUGACUCAGUAGAGAGGAAGUGAUUUAGCGGAAGGGGAUCACUUCCUACAAGCAUAGCUGCACUUCAGGCUGCUGUCAUAAGAAGAAGAGGCAAAAACUUGUGUUGACUUUUAGGGCUAUUUAGAGCAGAAUGUUUUGAGGGGGAUUAACAUCAGUGAUGCCCGACUCAUGCUUGCUGACCAUGGAUGGUACACAUGACGGAGUUCAGAUUGGAGAGAACAAGUUCAUCAGCAAGACGACGGUGCUGUCUCACCUAAAGACUUACAACAUCUACUAUGAAGGGCAGAAUCUGCAGCUCCGACACAGAGAGGAAGAGGGGGAGCUGGUCGUCGAGGGUUUGCUCAAUAUCUUUUGGGGCCUCCGUCGACCAAUCAGGCUUCAGAUGCAGGAUGACCACGAGCGGAUUCGACCUCCACCCUCCUCCACAUCCUGGCACUCGGGCUGCAAUCUGGAUAGUCAAGGACCGCCGAACACCUCAGAUGGUCAACAGACGCAACAACAGGCUCCGCCCACUGUGGAAGUGACGCUGACCGAUAACGGGCCAGACGACAAUGGCGAGAUGGAGCCACAUGAAGAGGACGACAGCGAGACCUCUGCGCAGUUGCUGAGGACCAAAAGUGAUGCCGGUGUGUUAAGGCGGGGUCAGCGAAGGUCACCCAGCGACCAGAGGAAGAUCAGACGACAUCGCUUCUCCAUCAAUGGCCACUAUUACAACCACAAGACAGCGGUGUUUACGCCUGCCUUUGGUUCGGUGACCAACGUUCGGAUCAACAGCUGCAUGAAAACCCCACAAGUGCUGCGAGUUCUCCUCAACAAGUUCAAAAUUGAGAAUAGCCCCGAUGAUUUUGGGCUCUACCUCAUUCACGCCAGCGGAGAGCGUGUCAAGCUGAAGAGAAGUGACUAUCCUCUGGUGUGGAGGAUCAUCCAGGGCCCGUGUGAGCAGGUCUGCAAGCUGUUCCUGAUGGAAGAAGACCUGGGAGAGGAAGUCACGUAUGAUGUGGCGCAGUACAUCAAGUUUGAGAUGCCUGUCCUGCAGAGUUUCAUCACCAAGUUAAAGGAGGAGGAGGACAGGGAGGUGCAGAAGCUCAGGAGAAGGUACUACUAUCUCCGCUGCAUCAUUGAGAAGCAGCUGAGCUGUCCACCAGAGGGCGCCACGUGCAUGUGAUCGCCUGUCUCCUCGCUGGUCGGUUGGUUUCUCUGCUGUUCCCCGUCUUGACUCAGUCCCAUUCUAGUGAGGCAAGACGGGCGCCAGAGCACAGGAUUGGGCCAGGCUGACUCUUUAAAGAAAAAAACGAAGCAAAGCACAAUGAUCCUAAAAUAUGAUGCCUCUUAGACUUUCUUAACAAAACAAGAAUUGAAGCACAAAUACAAAGUGCCUGAUUUAAAGUUCAAGGCAGCUCAAGGCACAAAUGGGCCCUUUGACUCACCGUCAGCCAAAGCCCACACUUCCAUGGUGGAAAGUUUAGCUGGCAUCUAACAGCUUUCCUCUUUCACUUCCGUGCCGUGGUCAUUCCUAAAUCAGCUCACGUGGCAAAGCCCAAAUGAAUCUCCUAAAGUGAUUACAGGCUAAACAGAUCCCCCAAAACACCCAGCUUUAUCUUGAAUUCUAGGUCCAUUACUGACAUACGUGCAGGUGAGGAGGUUUGGCCAUCAGCCUGUGGACUAGCUGUGCUCCUCAUGUGUCCGAUCACCUGGAGUAAAAUCCUGACAGGCCUUGGGAAGAUGGUGCUCCCAGUGCGGAGGGGUCAGCGGUUCACCAGCACGCGAUCCUGAUAAUGAUACAUUCAACUGUGAUUGUUCUGGACCACGAAAGUUGCCAAAAGUCAGCGCAUUCGUUUGCCUUGGAGAGUGUUGCCAAGAUGACGCACCACCGUGAACGACUGUGCAAAGAUGUUUUCAUGACUGGGACACGUGAAGGAAGCACAAAAACUAAGACUGUGAAGGAAAAUGGCAAUGUGUUUUCAGCAGCUGUGAGUUUGGGUUCUCAACCCCCAACAACACUUUUGUUCUGGUGAUUCACGAUGGACCAGCUUUUCUUGUUACCCAGAGGAAAAACCAAACCUAUUGAGUUAACAUCAGAAAGAGUUCAUUAUGAGAUGAAGUGUCAAGUCUGCCUCGUCCUCCUGGAGAAAGCAAUUAUUUCAGUGAACCACGCAGGAAGCUCAUCUCAGCCACAGGUGUCCCGAAGGCCACGACACCAGAUAGGUCCGCAGAGAAACCCAGGGAUGGUCCAAUGACGCCAUCUCUCUGGAGUUUUAAAAAACACAUGGAAACGUGGAGGUCAUGGGCUAAUAACCUUUGAAUGUUUUUAGACUGCGGGAGGAAACCAGAGUGUCAGAAAAAAAGCACAUACAAAGUCUGCCGCCAGGUUUACCUCACAAGUGGAUGCGAGUUAAAGAACCUCAUUGCUGUGCAACUGCAGCACCAGUCUGCUGGGUGUCUGAGGAACAUCUCAGAUCUCCAUGCAAAAAGCUGAAGAGGCUCGUCGGACAAUGAAAAUCAGGCGGCCAUAAAGAUCAUCUCAAAGUCGUGGGUUUGUUUCCAGCUGAGGACAAACAUGGACGCUGUGGUCGAGAUGUGCUGCUGAAGUGUUUUCUCAACAAGAGCCUGUGACUGUCAGAAGGUGCAUGUGUUGUUCUCAUGUCCUGCUUUUGUCCCAGCAUCAGUGUGAGACUCUGACUGAGCUUGUCUGACCAUGAUGCGGGUUUUAUACCAUUGUUAUUUAAUGAAUAAACAAAACUG